GCGCGCGCGGUGGUGUGCGCCAGGCAGCUGCGUGUGUGCGUGCGUGUGUGCGCGAGAGUUUUGUGCGCGUCCGCUACGGUGCUCGCCGGCUGCUGCCGCUCUGCCGCUCGCUCGCCGCUACCGCUCGCUAUAUAGUCGCCGCCGCCGCCGCCGCCCGAUCGUCUCCGCGCGUGUGCUUGACGUGGUGCGUGUGCGUGCGAGCUUGCCCGUUCCGCCGGCAGAGCGAGAGAGACGCGAGAUCGAGAGAAGGAGCGAACGAGCGAGACGGAGCUUGUGAGCGACUGAGACAGAGCGAGCGCGCGCGCGCGCGCCUCCGCCGCCGCCGCCGCCACCGUCUCAGUGUGUGUGUGUGUGCGUGCGUCGCCGGAGUGACUCUAUUCGCCGGCCGGCCGCCCUCAGUUACGCGCGCGUAUAGAUAAUAAUAGUAAUAAUAAUAAUUAUUAUAAUAUAUUUUUUUUUCGAAUACCUAUAAUAAAUUAUAUUCUGUUAUCAAUCUGUUGUGAUUAAUUUUUUUCCGCUCAUAUUGUUCCUGCUCCCAUCCGAUCGUUACGGCAACCGCGGCUGUCACGACUGCCAUCACGGGAUGCGAUAAUAUAGACUCGGGAUAACGAUAUUAUUUUCGCCGCCGCCGUCCCGUUUCGCCGACCGAUCGGUCGACCGCCCGACCGCUGUCGUCCCGGUCGUAUACGACUAGGCACUACCUCGUCGCUGUCGCCUACACAGUCGACGUCUCCAUCAUCUUCCGGCGUCACGUGCGUUUCGGUCCGUUCCACGUGCGACGACGACGGUCUACUGCGAGUCUGCAGCGCGCUACUGCCUUAUAUUAGGACAGUGAUUGCCGAGCGGUGGUGUCGUUGGUAGCGGCGGAGGCGGAGGCGGCGGCGGCGGCGGUGGCGGCGACGGCGGUGGUGGCAACAGCGGCUGACUUUUACUCUCGUUCCUACCGGACGGCGGCCGUCUUCUGCUGGUGCAGCUGUCGGCCGGUGGUGUUGACGUCGUCCACGCCAUCGUCGUUGUUGUUGUUGUUGUUGUUGUUGUUGUCGUCGUCGUCGUCGUCGUUGUUGUUGUCGCUGUCGUUGUUGUCGUGCACUCUUGCCACCUCCACCGCCGUCGUAGCUUUCGCCGUCGCCAAUCCGGGCCCGUCACGCCGACCACUCACGCCGCCGAAGUGAUGCAACAACAAUGCGGUUUUUGCGCCGCGGUGUCCGACCUUUUCCGGAGGAUCAUGUGCUUUAACGGCAGUAGGAGGGGCAGCGACCAGUCGUACUAUCACGAACUGGACAACGACGACCCUCAGAUCGCACUAGUGACCGCUGAUCCCACAAACGUAUCGGCUCAUUCUCCAGAUGUGAUUUACAUUCGACUCAGAGACGACUCGCCCACAGAUGACCGGUGCAGGAGACGGUCGCGAAUGCUGUCCGAGGGCGAAGUGGUACUACUCGAGUCGGUCGCGCAUCACGGUAAACGGUUACCCAACGGCCGAUUUCUUACCAUGCACAAGCGUAGGCGGAAAAAGCUCACCACCCGAUCCUUGUCCAACGAGAAUGCGCCGGCGCUAUUGGACGACAUUCACCACGGCCAAGUCCAGUGUGUGCUCAAGCACGUCUGGAAAUGGCCGUUCAACGCUUUUGCAUUAGACACAGCUACAGGGGGAAGAUCGCUUCCAGUACUUUGUGUUCAUCUUUUCCAUUGGUACGGUCUAAUGGAACACUUCAAGUUGGACGUGGUUCAAGUUUGGAAACUCUUUAGUCUCAUAGAAGAAGGGUACCACAGCACGAACCCGUACCACAAUGCCAUCCACGCUACCGACGUCACCCAGGCAAUGCAUUGUUUCCUGCAAGAAGACAAGAUCAAGAACUUCUUGACACCACUCGAAAUCAUGGCGUCUCUCAUAGCGGCUGUUGCUCACGAUCUCGACCAUCCCGGUGUCAAUCAACCGUUUCUCAUCGCGACCAGUAAUCAUUUGGCCACUCUUUACGAGAACACUUCUGUCCUGGAGAACCACCACUGGAGGUCGGCGAUUGGUUGUCUGCUCGAAAGUCACGUGGCUGAGAAACUGAGUCCCAUAAGACACGAUCUCGAGUCGCAGAUAAGUUCACUGAUCUUGGCCACGGAUAUUACGAGGCAACCGGAAUUCUUAAAGAAAUUCAACAACUAUCUAGAAAACGACGAGUUGGACAUGAAGGACCCAGAGUUGCGGCACUUCAUACUGCAGAUAGCACUAAAGUGCGCUGACAUAUCGAACCCAUGCAGGCCAUGGGACGUGAGUCGCAAAUGGAGCUUGAAGGUGUGCGACGAAUUUUUCAGGCAGGGCGAUUACGAAAGGCAGUUGGGAUUGCCGGUCACCGAUAUCUGCGAUCGAUACAACAAUACAGUGCCGAAAAUUCAAACAGUGUUCUUCAAGUUCAUGGUGUUGCCGCUUUUCAAUUUGUGGCACAAGUUUUUGGACACCAAGCUGUCGCACUCGAUGAUGGAAAAUCUGAGGAAGAACCAACAGCAGUGGGAAGAGCUCCGGGAACGCGAGAGCUGCGACGAGCAGCAGCUGAUAGCGGACGCCGACGACAUGAUGCUGGAACCGGAAAACGAACCGGACACGCCGCAGCAGCAGAACCGGCGGGGCUCACUUCCGGCCGUCAUGCUGGAGACCGUGGACAAGAUGGGCCGCCGGCACUCGGUGCCGCUGAACCUGGCCCGCGUGACCGCUGGCCACGUGCUGCCUUGCACGAUACUGCGCCGGGAAAGCUUGCAGGGCGCGCUGCCCUCGACGUUACUGGUGCAAGUGGAAAACCGGCGGCGUUUCACGCUGGGCCAGAUCCCGUACCUGGAAGAAGAGGAGGAGGGCCUGAGCAUAUCGGUGGGCUCGUCGAGAAGCAGUGGGUUGCAGCGGUCGUCGGACGGCGGCGGUUGCGGCGGCGGCAGUAGUCACAUGGACGACAGGCCGGUGAGCGCCGAAAACCUCAUACCCGAACCCAGCAUAGCGACCAUCACGAACACGGCCGACGCCAGCCGACUGUGCAACGUCAUCCACGGCGUCACGUCACCGGUGCUCGGCCACCAGGCGACGGCCGGAUGCUCCAGGGGCCUGACCAGGCAGCAGACUUUCCCGCCCAUCCAGCCGUACGUCCGGGCCCGGUACCUGUCCACCGGCGGAGACACCGCGGCGCCGUGUUCGUCGUCCAGCGGUGGCACGUCCGCUGUGUCCACCGCGUCCAGCCGGACCGGUUCGACCAGCAGCGAGGGUUGUCCGUCGGCGGGCGGCGGCGGUGGUGGUGGCCACGGCGCUAGCGGAAACGGCACGAAGCGAGACUCGAUCCUGGACACAGACCGGGCGUUCAAGUUGGCCCGGUUUUCGUCCAACAAGGAGAAGGAAAACGUCGAUCCGGCAGCAAGGACCAACGCAGAAAUCAGACGGAACAGCAAUCACAUGAACCAGAUAUUGACGAGACGGCGAGGUUCAGCACCGGUUGGCGCUGGAAACGUUGACGGUACGGGACACCCGACUGCCGGCAAGGGCCAAGAAGCGACUAUUCCAAGGCGUGGGUCGGUGCCGUCAGAUUUUUCCAAACAGAGUGCCCUUUUUAAGGUGGUGGCCACAGGGCCACUGAGCACAAAUAGCCCGAAGCAAUACGCGAGACGUUCGUCGCUACCGUAUGAUUCCAAUAUUGGAUUAUCGAGCUCGCCUCUUGUUUCUCCUUCCCGGCCAGAGAGAAGGGGUUCGGACGGUAGCCGCCCGGGUAGCCGGAGGAGGCGCAGGAAGUCAAUGAAGCGACGGAGCUCCGGCGGACCAGACGUGUUGCUGUCAACCGGCCAGUCGAUGGAUUCGUUCCUGGCUCACCGCCGCGGUUCCUUGCCCGUCGAAAUACUUGCCACGUCCUUCUCGGGGCCACAUUGAGAAAAAUGAUCAUCGAAUUUUCGCAUCGUAGACUGACAAAAUGAAUACAAGAUAUUUGGACGAUAUAAAUAUUCAAGUCGGCUAUUGCGAUGAUAUUUGCACGAAAUUCUCGAUACUUUGUAUUAUUACCUACUUAUAAUACGCUAAUUAUUGACAAACGGAACAUAAAUAAUUUAUGGUCUUCCCGGCCCAGUACUUUUAAACAAACAAACAAACAAACAAAAAAAAAAAAAAAUCCAUUAAUGGAAUCUUUUGAUUUAUUUAUUUUCUUUGACCAAAACUCGACGCUUAUGGUUCGUUUUUGAUUUUCGGUAACUGUAAGCUUAACACUUCUAAAAAUUAAUAUUAAAUGUAAAUACAAAACAUAUUAUUCACCUAUCGAGAUGAAUCGUAAAGGGAUAUAUUAUUAUAUUAUGUAUGAUCACUUUACAGUUUAUUUUGAACCGUUUCCACUUAAUUCUAACUGUGUAUAUGUGGUACAUAUCAUGCAUUUGUGUUGACCAUCUUUGCCUUUUUUACAACUAUUAUUAUUAGUCUAAGCUUAACGGGGCGCUUCAAAUGCCGCCAACUGAUCCUGUGUCGCUCAGUCCACCCUACGAUAACAUUCUGCAGGGUCUGUCACAUAUUUUAAGUGUUCGGUCUUCAAUCCAUUCUCGUGAAAUAUGUCGCGUUCGGUGCUCCGCUCUAUAAUACAUGUUAAAUCCGAUUUAUUUGGGAAAGAAAUAUUUAUGAAACAUAAAAUAUGCUUCCACAAUAAUAUAAAUUAAUGUAAGAAACGAAAAUAAAAUAUGAUUUCAAGUCACUUUAAAUUCGAUCGACUGCGUUCGACGAUAUGUGGUUCGCGGUAGGCAUACGAUAAUAUGUGCAGAUAACUAUUAUUAUAUGAUAUCAAGUACUUUAUACUGUUCAAAUGUAGUUUGUAUAUUUUUUUCCUUCUUCGUCUUCUUCUUCUUCUUCUUCUUCUUGUUUUUAUUAUUACUAUUAUUAUUAUUAUUAUUAUUAUUAUAUUUUUUUUUAAUAAGUAUAACGAAAAAUCACUGCCAUUGUACUGAUAUUCUUCAUUAUGAUACUACAAUUUUUGCGAAUUGCGUUAUGCUUUAGUUUGAUUGUUAAUUUUGAGUUAUUUAUUUAGAUAAUCAUUUUUUUAAGUGUUUCCUUGGUUAAAAUAAUCCUCUUUGAUUGAUGUUUAUUUCUCUGUUUAAGUGCCAAAUAUGAGAUAGUAUUGAAACAAUAACUUCCGUAUUUUUAAAAUUCCUUUAUGGUACAAUAACUUUAAAAAUUGAACAAAACUAUGCUACAACUUGUAUCUUAAUCAAAACAAUAUAAUAUGAUUUCACUCUAGUCAGACGCAAUACGUUUCUUAUUAGUAUUUUAAUAACUACUAUCGACGAAUCUCUUUGGUCGUACCUACUUAACAACAAAAAUUAACCGUUGCUUAAAAUUCAUCCAUUCAUAAAAAUAUAUAUUCAUAUAAUAAUCAAGUCUAAAUAUAUAUAUACCUAUGUAUAUAAUAAUGAUCUGCUCCAUUUAACGGGAAAAUUAUGUAAAUUAUUAUUCAUUCGGACGUGUCUAUUAAUUUAUAAUAUUAAUUGAAAAAUAAUUUUAAUAACUGAACUAUUAUUAAUUUAAUUUCUAAGUUUAUUACAUGGAAAAGUAUGUACCUAUUAUAAUCUUGAUGUACAUUGUUUAUUCUAAACAGAAAUAAGUAUACACAUACACGUUAUAAUAUGUUCUUCAUUUAUUUAAAUUUAUUUGAACCUUAUUUAACAGAUAACGUGAAUAGUUUUAUUUGUAGAAUGAUUUUAUUUUAUUUUGAUAAUUACUUUUUUUCAUAAGUAUUUUCAAUACAAUAAAAGAUAUCAUUAUCAUUAUCAUUAUUAUUAUUUUGCUAAUUAACAGCUUAAUUUAGAUGCUAAACAAUUAGCUAAAUUUUACAUGCGCUUUUUUUUGCUAACUUCUGGGGAUUUUAAACACGGAAAGUGUUAUAUACUGAAUCAGUAAUACUUUUAUAAACGUGUAACUUAAUCUCAAUAUUUUCUAUGAUAGUAAUAAUGAUAAUAAUUAUGUCUUAAAAACGCACAUCACACAUUUUGAUUUUAAAACUAACAUUUAUUAUUAUUGUUGUAACAAUUAUUUUUAUUUUUUUGUCAUUAUUUAUGUUGUAGGUUAAUAGGUGAAUGUAUUUUGUGUUAAAUUGUUUUUCGUUUGUAUUUUCUGGUUACUUUUUUUUUCCUUUAUUUUGUAUUUAUAAUACCUCCAAUUUGAUUACAUAGGUACUCCUAAUAAAAUGCUAUGAAUACGUUAUGACUAUCAUAAUAUUAUUAUAUUUAAUCAUAAUAUUUUACACUGUAAAAUGAUAUUGUGACUGUCAAACAAUUACAUUUUUUUUUAUCGGACAUCAGUACCUAUACAUUAUUAUUGUUAUUAUUAUUGUACCAAAGUGAUUACACUUCGGUUAUUACGAAAAAUAAUAUUAUAAUCUUCCCAAAACUGUUUCCAAAAAAAUGUGUGACAAUUAAAAAAUAGCGUACCUAUUAUAAUGAAAUAGAAUUUUCAUUAUCGAAUAAUAUUGUAUUGUAUGUUCUAAAACGUAAUGAUUUCUAUAAUAAAAGUAUAUCGUUAAUAACAAU